UUUAUCAAUUUUCGUUGCGUAUAUAUAAGGUCAUGAAAAUGCAGCUUUACUAUUCUACAGCGAAACAAUGUCCUUCAAAGCUGGGUUCCUGUUAAUUGCACUCCUAGCGGGGAGCUAUGCAUUUCCAGCUAAAGAUGACACGUCGAUCGUUUUCGACCGUACGGAUUCCUCAGCUCGUGUUAUUGGAGGAAGGUCAUUGGGUAUUAUUCCCUAUAUAAUAGCGUUGGUCUCAGGCUUAAGUGUAAGAAACUUGAUGUGUGGCGGCUCCUUGGUAACUACCAGACACGUCUUGACCGCUGCCCACUGCAUCGAGAGCGCUACCUCCGAUAAUAACUUGAUCAGCUCUCUUCGAGGUAUCGUUGACACUUACCGCUUCGACCGCUUUGGUACUGCAUACUCGUUCUCUGGCAGCAUAGUCCAUCAAGACUACAAUGCACGAACUAGUAAAAAUGACAUCGGCUUACUAGUCACUUCCUCCAACGUAGUAUUAAUAGAAUGGAGAGUGACUCUAGCAGCCCUGAACUUCGACUUUGUCGGUGCUGGCGUCGAAACAACUAUCGCCGGAUAUGGAAUUUCGAGUACUGGUUCUGUGUCUCGAAACCUUUUACGAAUGAACGCCACCGUCCUCGAAGGAGAAGUUUGCAGGGAUUUUGUCAGAGAACGUGCCCAAGGACUCCGGCUAUUUAAUACACCGCCUGUCGACCCGGAACUAGAAAUCUGUACCUACCACUCAUACCGAAGCGGAGCGUGUACUGGUGAUUUCGGCGGUCCGCUGAUACACGCCGAACGCAACGAGCAGAUUGGUAUCUUGUCCUGGGGUGUGGGAAGGUGUGCGCCCAAUGCUCCCGACAUGUCCGUGCGUCUCAGCGCAUUCCGUUCUUGGAUCGAACAGAACACGCGUGAAGUCUAGUGAAAAAUUCCGUUCCCGACUUUCUAUCGACUUAUACUUGUAAUAAAAUAUUUACUGCA